AUGGAGUCGACAGACUCAACCUCCAAGCAGGUUUCCCGCGAGACACCCGAAAUGAUUCGACCCCCCGUGAACCGUGCCAUGCGCACACUCGAUCGGUCGUUUUUCCGAAGAAGCGUGCCCCUCUCCGCCGCCCGCAUUUUCAAACCUAGCGAUAUUUCGAACGUGCGCAAGGAACUCACCAAAAGUAAUGACCUCUUGGUCUUGCCACGCGUCAGCAGUGUUCGUGAGAUCAAGGGGCAGAAUGGCGAGGUGCGGAAGGCUUUGUUGCUGCGGGACACUCUGAAGGCUGAUGAUAAGGCAACGUGGUCGCCCACUAUCAACGAGCUCAUCAACAAGGGAACUGUGGAGGUUGAGCCUUACGAAUUGACAUUGGACUAUGACCACUGGUCAUACGCUGAUAUUAUCUCAUCGAUCCUACCCGAUGAAUUGAUGGAGGAGAUCCCUCAAGGCUUCACUCAAGUGGGGCAUGUCUCGCAUCUCAACCUCCGCGCACAAUACUUGCCAUAUAAGCACAUAAUCGCCGAGGUUCUUAUGGACAAGAACCCGACCGUUCGCACCGUCAUCAAUAAGACCGAGGAUGUCGGUUCACACAGCCAGUUCCGCACCUUCCCCUUCGAACUAUUGGCAGGUGAGAAUGACCUGAAUGUCGUCCAGCACGAGCAGGACUGCGAGUUCCACUUUGACUACGCGCGCGUGUACUGGAACAGCCGCUUGGAGACCGAGCACCGUCGCCUGGUCGAGAAGUUCCGCCCCAGCGAAAUGGUCUGCGACGUCAUGGCCGGCGUUGGCCCCUUCGCUGUACCGGCAGGCCGGAAGAAGAUCUUCGUUUGGGCGAACGACCUCAACCCGCACGGAUAUGAGGUCAUGCAGGAUGCCGUUGUUCGCAAUAAGGUGCAAGACUUCGUCACCCCGCACAACCUGGAUGGUCGGGAGUUCAUCCGUACCUCGGGUCGGUUGUUGCUGGAAGCGGAGCCUCUGACUGUCACCAUCCAUCCCAAGGUACGCAGAGAGAAGAAGCGUAAGGUUGAGCAAGGCAAGGAGGAUCCGCUGCCUGCACCUAAGAAAUAUACUCGUCCUUCCGUUGUCGACCACUAUGUUAUGAACCUGCCCGCUACCGCCAUUGAGUUCCUCGAUGCUUUCCCUGGCCUUUAUGCCGGCAAGGAGGACCUUUUCGCUCCCAACACGGAGCAGAAGUUGCCCAUGGUGCAUGUCUACUGUUUCUCGGGACACUCGGAUAAUGAGGUGGAUGACCACAUCGAUAUCUGUGAGAGGGUCUCUGAGCGCAUGGGAUAUAAGAUUACUAUUGAUGACUGCGUCGGAGGCAAGGGUGAUGAGGGUGUGGAACUCGCUAUCCACAAUGUGAGACUGGUCAGUCCCAAGAAGCAGAUGUUCUGUGCUAGCUUCCGUCUGCCACGAGAGGUUGCUUUUCGGAAGGUAUAG